GCCUCUCUUCUCCGUGGUGGUGUUUGGUCCAUCCCUCAGCCCGGGUGAGGAUGUACAAGCCCCUGCUCUGCACCUGAGCGGGGCAGGCCAGCGAGGACUCCUGGCUCCAGCCACGACCGCGGACAUGUCAGCCGUGGAGUAGUGCGGACUCUUGCACUCAGCAUCUCAGGGUUUCGGUCCUUUUUCGGUUUGUUUGGCUUACCUUUUUUUUUUUUUUUAUGGUUUUGUGGCUGGACAUUCACGACCAAGGCAGGCGCCAUGGGGGACCAACAGCUGUACAAGACCAACCACGUGACCCACGGCAGCGAGCACCUCUUCUACCAACAACCCCCACUGGGCGUCCACGGGGGCCUGAACCACAACUAUGGGGAUACAGCCACGGGGGGCGGGAUGGAUGCCCCUCAGGCCUCGCCCAUCUCCCCCCACUACCCUCAAGACACUCGGGAUGGCCUGGGCUUAUCUGUGGGUUCCAAAAGCCUUGGCCAAGUAGAUACCUCCAGGCAGGCAGGGUGGGGGGGCCAUGCUGCACCUGGAAACCAUGCCCAGCUACGCGGCAACCUGGCCAACUCGAAUAUGACGUGGGGAGCACCGGCCCAGGCGGAGCCCGCCGAUGGCUACCAGUACACCUACGCCCAGGCCAGCGAGAUCCGGACCCAGAAGCUCACCAGCGGUGUCCUGCACAAGCUGGAUUCUUUCACCCAGGUGUUUGCCAACCAAAACCUGCGCAUUCAGGUCAACAACAUGGCCCAGGUCCUGCAUGCCCAGUCCGCCGUGAUGGACGGGAACCCCGACAGCGCCCUCCGCCAGCUCCUGUCUCAGAAGCCCCUGGAGACCCCAGCACCGGCUAUCCCUUCCCGCUACCAGCAGGUGCCCCAGCAGCCGCACCCUGGCUUCACUGGCGGGCUGUCCAAACCGGCCCUUCAGAUUGGGCAGCACCCUACCCAAGGGCACCUUUAUUAUGACUACCAGCAGCCGCUGGCUCAGAUGCCAGUGCAGGGGGCACAGCCGCUGCAGGCCCCCCAGAUGCUGUCGCAGCACAUGCAGCAGAUGCAGCAGCACCAGUAUUACCCGCAGCAGCAGCAAGCAGGCCAACAGCGCAUCUCCAUGCAAGAAAUGCAACAGCCGCAGCCGCCUCGCCCGUCGCACUCUCAACCACAGCAGCUGCAGCUGCAGCAGCGGCAGGGUGCAAUGCAGAUACCUCAGUAUUAUCAGUCCCAACCCAUGAUGCAGCACUUGCAAGAGCAGCAGCAGCAGCAACAGCAACAGAUACACCUGCAGCCCCCUUCUUAUCACAGAGACCCCCACCAGUAUCCCCCGGAGCACGCUGUCCAGCUGAUCCAGCUGGGGUCCAUGCCUCAGUACUACUAUCAGGAGCCACAGCAGUCCUACAGCCACCCCCUCUACCAGCAGGGCCACCUGCCUCAGCACCAGCAGCGUGAGGAGAGUCAGCCAAAGGCAUACGCCAGCGACAGGCAGGCCCAGGCCCUGCUGAGCUCCCACGGGGACCUGGGGCCCCCAGAGACCGGAAUGGGGGACCCAGUGAGCUCAGACCUGAACCGCGUCAGCAGCGCCCUCCCCCAUCGGUCGCUCCUGUCCCCCAGCGAGCUCCACCUCAACAACUUGGGCCCUCCGCACCAGCAGCUGUCCCCGAGCACCCUGUGGCCGCAGAUGCCCCUACCCGAUGGCAGAACCCAGCCAGGAUCCCCCGAGUCAAGUGGCCAAGCCAAAGGCGUGUUCGGGGAGCAGUUCGAUGCCAAGAGCAAGUUGACAUGCUCCAUCUGCCUGAAGGAGUUCAAGAGCCUGCCCGCCCUGAACGGCCACAUGCGGUCCCACGGGGGAAUGAGGGCCUCCCCCAGCCUCAAACAGGAGGAAGGAGAGAAGGCCCCGCCGCCCCAGCCCCAGCCUCAGCCUCCACCGCCGCCUCCGCCGCCGCCGCCUCCGCCGCUCCCUCCCGAGGCGGAAAGCCUCACGCCUAUGGUCAUGCCCGUGUCUGUCCCUGUCAAGCUUCUCCCGCCCAAGCCCGGCUCACAGGGGUUCACCAACAGCGUCGCCGCUGCCCCCUCGGCCAGAGACAAGCCAGCCAGCUCGGUGUCGGACGACGAGAUGCCCGUGCUCGUGAGGAUGACCCUCUCUCCCCCACACUCACCCCAAGGGGCUGCCCCCGGCGCGCCUGCUGACCCCCCCAGGAAGCCGCAGCCGAGCGUGGCCAAAGCCGACGAGCCCCCCAAGCCCGUGCAGGACAAGAAGAAGUUCCGGCACCGGCCCGAGCCGCUCUUCAUCCCCCCACCGCCCGCCUCCUCGCUGAACCCCGCCUCCUCCUCCUCGGGGGCCACUCUGUACCAGAGCCAGCUGCGCUCCCCGCGCGUGCUCGGGGAGCACCUGCUCCUGGACCCCGCCCACGAGCUGCCCCCCUACACGCCCCCACCCAUGCUGAGCCCCGUCCGCCAGGGCUCAGGCCUCUUCAGCAAUGUCCUCAUCGCUGGCCACGGCGCGGGCGCCCACCCGCAGCUGCCCCUCACGCCCCUGACACCCACGCCCCGCGUGCUGCUCUGCCGCUCCAGUAGCAUCGAUGGCAGUGGUGUGACCAUCACACCAGGCCCUGGGGAGCAGACCGUCGAUGUUGAACCGCGCAUCAACAUUGGCUUCAGAUUCCAAGCAGAGAUCCCGGAACUCCAGGAUGCCUCUGCACUGGCCCAGGACACACACAGAGCCACCCUGGUGUGGAAGCCCUGGCCAGAGCUAGAAAACCAGGUCCUCCAGCAAAGAGUGGAGAAUCUCCUGAAUUUAUGCUGUUCCAGCGCGUUGCCAGGUGGAGGGACCAAUUCUGAAUUUGCUCUGCACUCUCUCUUCGAGGCCAAAGGUGAUGUGAUGGCUGCUCUGGAGACGCUGUUGCUGCGGAAGCCAGUCAGGUUAAAAUAUCACCCUCUAGCAAAUUACCACUAUGCCGGUUCGGACAAAUGGACAUCUCUAGAAAGAAAGCUGUUUAACAAAGCACUAGCCACUUACAGCAAAGACUUCAUUUUCAUACAGAAGAUGGUGAAGUCCAAGACAGUGGCUCAGUGUGUGGAGUACUACUACACGUGGAAAAAGAUCAUGCGGUUAGGACGGAAACACCGGACACGCCUCGCGGAGAUCAUUGACGACUGUGUGACGAGCGAAGAGGAGGAGGAAGAAGAGCUAGAGGAGGAGGAGGAGGGCCUGGAAGAAGACAGGAAAUCCAUGAAAGAAGAAGAGAGUGAAGUGUCUAAGUCCCCAGAGCCACCUCCACCGGUUCCUGCCCUGGCUCCCACGGAGGGGCCGCCUCUGCAGGCCCUCAGCCAGCCCUCGGGCUCCUUCGUCUGUGAGAUGCCCAACUGCGGGGCCGUGUUCAGCUCCCGGCAGGCACUCAACGGCCACGCCCGCAUCCACGGGGGCACCAACCAGGUGGCCAAGGCCCGGGGCACCACCCCCUCUGGGAAGCAGAAGCCUGGCGGUGCCCAGAGCGGGUACUGCUCGGUGAAGAGCUCGCCCUGCCACAGCACCACCAGCGGGGAGACGGACCCCACCACCAUCUUCCCCUGCAAGGAGUGUGGCAAGGUCUUCUUCAAGGUCAAAAGCCGAAACGCGCAUAUGAAGACGCACCGGCAGCAGCAGGAGCAGCAGAGGCAGAAGGCCCAGAAAGCGGCCUUCGCGGCUGAGAUGGCGGCCACCAUCGAGAGGACUACGGGGCCGGUGGGGGGCCCGGCGCUGCUGCCCCUGGACCCGCUGGGCCUGAGCAAGCCCAUCAAGGCCGCGGACGUCCUCGAUGGCGGCGUGGACCCCCAUCUCCUCUUGGACGAGCCAGAUUCCGUUCUGCUGCAGGGGGACACCGAACUCUAAGGGGACAGUGGCCUCCGCCUCGUUCAUCAGGACACCCGGGCCGCCUGCUUGCUUUUGUAACCAUUUUAAACUACCUGUUAAAAGAAAAAGUGGCCGUUUUAUUCGGAUUUAAGGAGAAAGAAGAAGAGGGGAAAAAAAGGGUUCAUUUUUUAUUUAAAAAAAAAAUUUUUUUUUUUUGUUUGAUUGGGGUGGUGGGUGGAGAGAAUAAAUAAUUGGCACAAAUAUCUUUAAGAGGUGUUUCAUCGGGGCUCCACCCUCCUGCCAUCCUUCCUGGCAGGUGAUGAACCUGGGGUGCAUGUCCCUUUUUCUUUCAGACGUCCGCCCUCCUGGGGGCCUUGCAUCCGAAAGCGUGUUGUGGCUCGAGUGUGUCCACGGCGUGUGUGCACGUGUGAAGCAGGCUGCCCCUUCUGCUCGGGGGUGGGGGCAGGGGGCUUCAUGGGCCAGCCCUUUCCUCCCAGUGGUGUUAGAGUUCAGUUCUGACCUCAUCUGCAACUUGCUAUGAGCCUGGUGUCUCUCCCAGGAGUCAGUGCCUGAGAGUAGCCUUCCAGUGGGCAGAGCAAGCCCCUCGGCCACAUGCACUAUGUGGCCAUUCCACUAGCAUUCCACUAGCCACAUGCAUCCUUUGAAGAGGUGACCAAACAGGAGACUCGGUGUUCACUCUACCCGGCCUGUCCCUGACAACCUCUUAGCAGGAACUGAGCACGCCUCGCAGUGACUUGCCCAGGACCUGCUCUGCAGGGCAGGCGUGGCCUCUCCCCCUGACCACAUGGUCACAGUGUCCUGUGGUCAGCUCUGAAGCUUGAGCUGCCGGAGCUCUGUUUGGAGAACUGCCUGGAGACCCUCUCUGAGUGAAGUAUCCCCAACGGGUCCAGGCUGUAGAGGAUGCUUUUUGGUCUCCAGCGAGCGGGGAUGACAGAGCUGCCCAGUAAAGGGCCUCCUGCGAUGCCCAAAGACAAGCUCCCGAGGGUCUCUUCGGUUUCUCCUUAGUUUUGCAACACUGUUAAUAGUCAGUGGAGUUCCGAGCUUACACUGUGCCACAUGGCAGUACUGUGAUAACCUUCUUCACUGGGAUUUUGAUGGGGGUUCACAAAGGCUGGGGUGCUUGCCCUUGAUACUAUGAGGGCGAUAAAAAGAGGGGGGCGGGGUCCUCACAAAGGGAUCACAAACUAAAGGGGACUAGCGCCCACAGCCAGCUAAAAUGGUUCCAGAGACCACUUUAGCUUACCUGGUGUGUGCAUGCAAACAAGGAAUGUCUUCAUGGCACUGUCAUUUACCAAAGCACUUCUAGAAUUCUCCCAGGUUCGUCCCUUUGCCUCUUCCUGCCCCUCUCAGCAGGGCUGCUGUUUGUACUUGAAGGUGAUAAACCUGUAAUCCUUCAAACAUGGCAGUCAGCCUAGGCGUCUGUCUGAGUCAGAGGGAUCUAGCCCACUGUCAGGGCCCACGCCCCACAGCUGCAGGAAAGACCCUGCCUCUUUCCUCAGCACUUGUUAGUGCCGUGACCUCUGGGGCAGGUGUCUUCAGACUUGUUCCCCCUUCUGGGGACCCUGCUGGGCCACUGGGCUGGCAGGUUAACGGCUUGAUGUGGGUGAGCGCAUGUAUCAGCAGAAGCCCCAGGGUAGGGCCUGAACAUCUUUCUUUCAAGUUUGACUUUGCAAAUGCAUUAGCACACCUCACCCAGAAGCCAGCUGUGGUCCACAGCGGCCCUGAGCCGGUGGAGCUCCCCGAUCUCAGGAAAGCCUUGGACAGAGGACAAUGCAAAGAUUCUUUUCAUUUCCAUCGUUCUGUUUUCAGAAAAGGAGUUUUUUGGGGGGUUCCCUCAUCCUUUCUUUAGGGGAGAAAAAAAAGUUUUCAGUUUAUGAGAUAACAUGUUAUCUCAGUGGUUUUGAGCCUUUGCCUUGACAGUGGAUAGAUACCAGCCAGCGCAGAACCACAAGAGCUGGUCCAGCUGUCGUAGAGCCAUGAUUGGAUGGGAGUCGGCCCAGCCCAGGAAGCCACCCCCCACCCCCCUCCACUGCUGUCCGGGAUGGUUCUGCCCCUGGGUCUAUGGAACUUAUCUAUCAAGGGAGCAAACCCCCAACAAAAUGUUUCUAAAACAAAUGCAUUCUCCUCUCUGCGGAGACUUGCCCAGCUGCAUUCUGGUUCUAAGCAAACAAACAAAACCCGCAUUGCCAAGGUCAAAAAUAAGAUGCACCAUCUCGGUUGCGUUUUCUGUGCAGUACAGCGUAAGGAUGCUCUGAUUCGCAGUAACCAAAGAACUCUCAAUGGGACAGUUCCAGCCUCGGAAUGAGUGUCUCCUGACAGUAUCAACUUUCCAAGGGUUGACUCCAUAGCAGAAUAUUGCACUUUUUCUUUCUCCUGAAAUGAGUCUGCCUGCAUGUGUGUGUUGUGUUUCUGCUUCCUCCCCCACUGCCACACCCCACCCCAAAGAACGUUCCUCUGAUGGUUCAUGCCACCACAUUUACUGUUUACUGUCCAAUGGUUUCUCAUUUAGUGGAUGAUGUAGACCUCUUUGAGAAAGCUUGUAUAUAAAAAGUUAACCUAUAUUUUAUGGAGAAAAAAAGCCCAUCUUAUUUUCAAAUAUAUUUAACUGCUGUUCUAUUUUAUUAGAGGAAGGGUGUAAAUAUUUUCUAGGAGUUCUAUUGUAAAGAAAAGUAUUUUUGAAAAAAAAACCUAAUGUAAUAAAAAUGAAAACAUUUUUAAAGAGUGGUUUGUGGUUGCUUCCUAUGGUGGCUUUUGUUGUGUUCUGUCCUCAGCUGACCGGCAUGCCUUCCCAUUGGCAGGAUGUAACUUAUUCCCGCGUGCACUAUCAUAGGUUGGCACCCUAAUAGCCAGUGUACUUAACGUAUUUUCCCAGAAUGCAGGUCCCUUGGUUCAUCUCAAGAGCACUAUGUAUAGCAUAGUUGUGAUUUUUCUUUUGUAACGUUGUGUAUUUUUAAAACGGAUUUUAUGUAACAUGUUGGCCCCAAACAAAAGCAAAAAAAAUACCAUAUUUUCUAGUGACUUUUAUAAUAACAUUUUGCUAAAAAUGUUUCUUCCUAGCUCAGUUUUUGUUAAGAUGAAUCAAAAGGUCUUAUUUUACCAGGGAGUUAAAAAAAAGAGUUUGAAGCUUGAAAGAAAAGUUAUAUUUAAGCAUCAUAUGUAACAAAUAAAGAUAUUUUAUAGACUUGUCCUAAAAAGGGUGUGUUCCUUUAAAAAAAAACACUGGGGCAUUCUAGGUUGGCUCCCAACCCCCCUCCCCGAGUAAAAAGCUUUUUUAAAAAUCCACGAAUGAUACUUUUUUCCUUGAAAGAGAACCACGAGGAUUCAGCUGGAAGAUUCUGCUUGUUAAUCCUCCUCAGAUAUUUCAGUUCCUGUAGAUAAACAUCGGUCACACAGAGAUGUAACGGAAUAGAUGCUGUCAUAUUUAGUUGUGAAAACCUGAUUCCCCAUU